UUAGUUUCGGACACGCCAACUUUGAAUUUUCAAACUGCUACUUGUAUAAAUAAGUAAGGAGCUAGUCCGGGUGGGUAGGUGUGUUUAGUGGUUUCGGACUUCUAACAUUUAGUUUUGAGAGAGACGGGGAAGGAAAGCUGCCGAACGCCUGAUUUUGGAUUUGCAGGUUUGGUCAUUGUUUAACUCACAAUUUGAAAUUUGCUACGGUUUGUUGGGCAAUGGGUCUCUCUCUUUCUCUACUCUUAUCUGCGUGGAAUGAAAUCCUGAGGCACAAGUUUUUUGGUUUAAACAAACAAACGGACGCAAUUCAGACAGUCAUUGUGAGGGCCCCAAGCUUUGAUGGAUAUGACAGAGAUAAGGCGUUGAGAACAAGUUCCUUCCAUAAAGAAGAUUCAGAAAUCCUUAACAACUCUAAUGAGUCUGAUAAAAUAGUUGUAGAAAGGUCAAUGAGCUUUAGAAAUGAGGAGUCCCAGGGGGCAGACCUUAACAACAACAGUUCUCAUUCAAUCUCUUCAAUGGGUAAAAAACCGCACAUACAGAAGCCAACGCUUUUGCUCCCAGAACCAGCUAUGAUAUUUUUCUCUCCAAAGCCGACUAGCGAGCUUGAUGCUGCUGCAACUACGCUUCAGAAAGUCUACAAGAGUUAUCGGAUCAGACGUAACCUUGCAGAUUGUGCAGUUGUAGUUGAGGAACUCUGGUGGAAGGCCUUAGACUCUGCGGCUCUUAAGCGGAGCUCUGUAUCUUUCUUCAACACUGAGAAACCAGAAACUGCUUCAUCACGAUGGGCACGGGCUAGGACAAGGGCUGCCAAGGUUGGGAAGGGGUUAUCAAAGGAUGAGAAGGCUCAAAAAUUGGCCCUACAACACUGGCUUGAAGCUAUUGACCCACGCCAUCGUUAUGGACACAAUUUACACUUCUACUAUGAUGUCUGGUCUGAUAGCAAGAGUACCCAACCUUUCUUCUACUGGUUGGAUGUUGGGGAUGGUAAAGAUUUAACUCUUGAAAGGUGCCUAAGGACUGAUCUACAACGCCAAUGCAUUAAAUAUCUUGGACCAAAAGAGCGAGAAGCAUAUGAAGUGAUUGUAGAGGGAGGGAAGCUGGUAUACAGGCUAACUGGGAUGCUUGUUAACACAGAUGAGGUUUCCAAGUGGAUUUUUGUGCUCAGCACAUGGAGGUCAUUGUAUGUGGGGCAGAAGAAGAAAGGUGUUUUUCAGCACUCAAGUUUUCUAUCUGGAGGUGCUACAACAGCAGCGGGGAGAUUAGUUGCCCACGAUGGAGUUCUUGAGGCUAUAUGGCCAUACAGUGGUCACUAUCUCCCAACCGAAGACAACUUCAAAGAAUUCAUUAGUUUCCUUGAGGAGCACCAAGUAGAUCUCACUAAUGUUAAGAGGUGCGCAAUAGAUGAUGAUAGCACCUCCUUCAAACAUGUCGCUGAGGAGUCCAAACCAGAAGUGGUCGAUGUUGUCUCAACAACUACAAUGUCAACUGAUAUGAAGGCUGAUCAAGAUAAGAGCUUCAAUGUAGCCAAUGCAGAAGAACUAUUCAACCCGGCUAAGCGAAUGUCUUGCAAGUGGACUAGCCCUGUUGGUCCUCGUAUUGGAUGUGUGAGGGACUACCCGAUUGAGCUUCAGUCCCAAGCACUUGAACAAGUCAAACUAUCACCCAAGGUAUCACCCGGCCGCUCGGGGAGCUGCGUCCCAAUCCCUUCACCAAGGCCUAGCCCAAAGAUCCGGGUCUCACCUAGGCUCGCAUAUAUGGGUUUCCCCAGUCCAAGGGUACCUGUUAAUGCUACAAAGUAAAACUCAGACAAGAUUUUUUUUUUGUUUUUUAGUUUCUGUCACUUGAGCCUGAAAAGGAUUGAAAUUUCAAGAUCUUAAGCAGGUUGUAAAGCACUUCUUGUGCUUUCACUAUUCUUUCAUUUGUUUUGCACCUCAUUUUGUUCCUUGAUAUAAGAGAAGUAACUCCUCAUGGUUCAU